AUGUCUGGUCUGCUGCCACUGGAGCUGAUGCCCGGGCAAUCGCCGCCGAUUGCCAUAGUCACUCCCACUGAUCAACGUGGGGUUUUGUGGAUUGUGACCUGGUUCUGCCUUGCGACUGCUGUUGUUUCUCUCUUGAUCAGAGUUUAUGUACGAAUUGCGUUCAGUCAGUCUUAUGGAAAAGAUGAUAUCUCCAUAUUUGGCGCAUUUAUAUCGUUCAUCGUUCAGUCUAGUAUUGCGAUAUAUGAAGUUCGAUUGGGCGUUGGCCAAACGCUUCAGGAUGUGAGGCCUGAGAAUCUUCAACAACUUCAAAAAGCUUACUACAUCUCAGAUUUAUUCUAUGUAAUCACUAUCUGGAUCGCAAAAUGUUCUGUCAUCCUUCUCCUCUUACGCCUUACUGCAAAGACGGAGCAAGCUCUUGUCGCCAACAUUAUCCUAUUUGCCACCAUUGUACUUGGUGUCGUCUCGUUACUCAUAACCGCUCUGUCGUGCGACCUCAGUUCCCCAUGGAUUUUCAUUGGGAAGCAAUGUUCAGGACUUGCACAACGAAGAAAAGCGGUGGCUGCUUUUGACAUUUUCACAGAACUGUCUCUGUUUGCGACUCUUGUACUUAUCGUGUCCUCCGUCCAGCUCCGACUCAGCAAAAAACUUGCAGUCAUCUUGGGGUUCACUUUUCGUUUGUUAUUAUUUUUCCCACUAGGCUUCCGUCUCCAUUAUAUCCUUGCAGCCAUUGAUUCUGCCGAUCCGACGCUCAAGUCAGUGAAUGUUGUUAUUACAUCCCAGGUCCAGCUUUCUGCGGCUAUCGUCAGUGCCACGAUUCCCUGUUUGCGCCCUUUUAUGGCUGCGACGUACACAACAUGGGGUGGACGUGUGGAUACUGUUUCGGGUUCAGGUUAUCAAAAAGGUGCAUACGGUUCUGGGAAGGAGGAAGGCUCGCAUCUUAGCCAAGGCACAAAAAUCAAAGGCUUUCUAUCUCGGCGAAUAGAAAGAAGUCAAAAUACUACCGGCGCAGAGCACAGCCAAGACAUUGCGUUAGAGCCUUUAGCCACACGUCGAAAGAAAGAGUCGCAAGGAUGGGAAGAAAUCGCCAGUACCUUGGAAGAUCAGGGUUCUAAACAAUACUCCUCCGCAGCGUUCGACGAACGAGAGCAUGAAUAUGACAGCAAGAUCAGCACCGGAAAUCUAGUUCAGGAAGACCAGCAAAGUUCCGACAGCCAUGAUAGUCAGAGGAUGAUUAUUCGACGCGAUCUUGAGUGGAGUGUACGUUACGAACAUCGUCCCAGCCUCAGUGGUGAUCAUAUUGAGGAGCAUGGAGAGCGCGCCAGGCGGUUUUGA